AUGGAAGCUGGAAGAAGCGGCUUCGUAACCCCUUUGGUGUUCCUUAAACCCAACGCUUAUCUCGGCGAAGAUGUGCCAGAGGAAGUCAGACAUUCCCUGUUACCACCCGACGGCCCAACUACCGAGCCAACAUACCCGUCGGCACCAGCCAAGGACGAUGUAGCCAACAACUUCAGCGUCAGUUUCACUGACGCCACCGUUAUCGUAGGCCAAAGGGGCGUCUGGCCGGCGAUUGACGACAGUUUAUUCGACGAAGACUGCAGCUUAACAACACUAGGUUGGAUGCCGGAUUCUCGAUGGUUCCUGAAGCAGAAUCUACCGCAAAACUUGGCUGAGAUGGUAAAAUGGCGCGGCCGCCCGCGGUCCAAGUUUCCAAGCAGCAGCCAGUAUCAGGAGUUUUCUGAGCAAGUCGAUGCCUGCUUCGACUGGGAGUUAUCGACCGAGGGUAUGAAGCUCAUGUUGGCCGAGUCAAUCGUGCCGGAGCACAUCUUCAUCAAUCUUGGCGUUAGCGACCUGCCAGGCAAAUGGGUGAAUCCUCCUCUUGACUGGAAUUCCGCUAAUCAAUUGAGUGCGUCUCUAUUAUUCGACGUGCGCUUGUCGGACUUCACUACCACUGCGGCUGAUCAUCUAUGGGGCGGCGACCUUGGCCGUCAGCGGCGACGCAAGCGACGACAAAAGCAACCCAUCACCGACACAAAGGACCUUGUAGUGGGUAUAGAUCUGAAGAUCAGGUCGCUCAUAACACUGCCAAAGGAUGCGGACCUGCGAGAGGCAUCCAAGCGGAACAACGGACUGGAUGAGACCAACGAAACCAUAUUGAUAGCGGCGUUCGUUGUGACUAGGACAUUACUAGGCGGCGCCGACAGGGUCAUCGAAUGGGGCUUGAUGAUGACGUUGUUCCCGGACAUGGCUCUCAGUGCUAUGCGGCGAUUCUGGUCCAAAGCUCGGAAGGACCGACGGACGUUCAUUAGUCAACUCACAGAACGAUUCCAGAUUCGAUUCAUUCCCGCCUACGAGAACAAUGAGUUCCCCGCGAUUGACUUUGAUAACUACGUCAACUACGAUUGGGUCCGUCUGAUCAGAUGGACCGCUGGGCUCAUCGAGGACUCCGUGGAGCUUCCUGCGAGCAAAAAUGCCCUGGUUCAAGGAUAUUCUCUCGCACCAGCCUGGGCGGACAUUGAUAAUUGGCGUGAAGAUUACUACAAUUUUCAGAUGUCUGUCUUCAACAGAUUUGAAGCCGCUACCUCGCGCCCGGCUACUUCCCUCAUCGAUGAAGGCAGCGGAUCUGCCCCAAAUACGAAAGCGAAAGACCUGGUUACAGCCAUGUCCUGGCUUCGCUCUCUCUGCUACACGCCGCGCGAUAGAUACGCACCACAAGAUAUAAGGAAGAAAAUGGCCAGCAUAGGAGGCGGGGACGAGGAGCGCAUUCAGAAUUUGCUUGAGCAAGCGGUUGAGACCCUCCAAGGCCAGGGCAUCAUUACGGACAGCAAGCUGAAGGCACUCGAGGGAAGGCCAUACCGCCUUACUGAGACCUUUCUUCCUCGGUUGAUAAAAUGGACGCAUCAGCACAAGUUCGUUGACGCCACCCGCUUCAAGUCGCGACUUGAUGUCAGCUUUCGACGAGGCGAAAAGAUUCGUAUUCCUUAUGUUCUCAGAGACGGUGAAGUUAUGGCGAUGAUGAACCUGCAGGCGAAUGGGAGAGUGGCCGUUACGACAGUCGAUGUCCCGAGCAUUCCUCUGGGAUUUGAUCCCGGCAACUAUGAAAGCAGAAAGUACCCGAAGUCGUAUUAUAACUUCGGCCUUGAGAUCGCUCCCACACAAGAUUAUCUAGGUUAUCGAACGGGCAAGAAGCAACAGGCCCCCACGAGAAAACCAGAACCGAGCCAUACCAUUGUGGUCUGA